AUGGCUGACGAUCCAGAGAACUCCUUGCCCCGGUGCCGGACCCUGAGCCCGUCCCACGGGCUGUCCCUGCGGGGAGUGCACGGCUUCCCGGGACAGAACGGGCUGGGAAUGGUCCUUGUGCACUUUAUAUCGGGGGAGCGGUUUGUCCUGCUGAAGCUGUCCCUGCAGGGAUGGGACAUGCCACCCGCAUCCUCCAGACCCUUCGCCCAGCAUCUUCCAUCGCCUUUCUCCAGCGUUUCUCAGCCGGCCCUUGCUGUGCAGCCCCCAGCUUUGGGGUCGGUGGUGAUCUCCAUCCACGCGGAGGGUGGAGACCUGUGCAACUGCAGCUCCGUGGGGAGCGUCGCCGGGGCCCCAUGCGACGGGGUGACGGGGCAGUGCCCCUGCCUGGAAGGCUACACCGGGCUUCGCUGCGAGACCUGUGCCCAGGGCUUCUACCCAGAGCCCAGUGGCCAGCGAUGCCGUCCCUGUGGCUGCAGCCCCCCCGGCUCCCGCAGCCCCCACUGCGAUGACUCUGGGAAAUGCCAGUGUAAAGUCGGCGUCACGGGCCUGAAGUGUGACCAGUGCAGUGAGGGAUACUACAGGUUCAACAGCAGCCUCUGCGAGCCCUGCCAGUGCAACAACCACUCCAAAACCUGCAACAGCUCAACAGGGAUCUGCCUGCGCUGCCAGGAGAACACCGAGGGAGACCACUGCGAGCUCUGCAAGGAGGGCUUCUACAGGAGCAGCCAUGGUGCCCACGCCUGCCAUCACUGCCCCUGCUCCACCGUGGCAUCGACCGGCACCUGCCGAAUACAUCCUGGUGAAUCCUCCCCGAGGUGUGACAGAUGCAGGACGGGGUACACGGGCCCGAACUGCAACCGCUGCGACAACGGCUACUACAACUCCGACAGCAUCUGUGUCAGGUGUAACUGCAACGGGAACGUGGACCCAGCCCUGUCCCCCGCCGUCUGCAAACCCGAGAGCGGGGAGUGCCUGGGUUGCCUGUACCACACGGCAGGCUUCCACUGCCAGGACUGCCAGGACGGCUACGUCCGAGACCCCGAGGGCACCAACUGCACCAAGAAAGAAGCCACUCUCGGCCCAGAAACACAGGAGUUUACAACUUCUGCUCCCAACGCCAGCAAGGCAACAUCCCUUCCAACAGCAGUGACAAACAGCACGUUGUCCCCAACAACCACACAGACUGUAUCUCCUAUGAGUUCCUCGGACAAUAGCACCUCUGCCUUCGCAGACGUUUCGUGGACUCAGUUUAACAUCAUUAUUUUGACAGUUAUCAUCAUCGUGGUGGUCCUACUAAUGGGCUUCGUGGGUGCUGUCUACAUGUACCGUGAGUAUCAAAAUAGAAAACUUAAUGCUCCUUUUUGGACCAUUGAACUCAAAGAGGACAACAUCAGUUUCAGCAGCUACCACGACAGCAUCCCCAACGCCGACGUGUCGGGGCUGCUGGAGGACGAUGGCAAUGAGGUGGCACCCAAUGGACAGCUGACGCUGACGACUCCCAUGCAUAAUUUUAAAGCUUAGAAGAAGGGAUCCAGCUAUUCCCAAGUCGGCUUAAAAAAGUUACAGGGCUUGUUGGAAAGGGGUAUCAGGAUCCGUGCCAAGGCUCCACGCAGAGGAACUUGCUCUUCAGAUACUCUUACGCUGGGCGUGCUGUAGCUUCCAGGUGAACAGGAAAAAAAAAGUGUAGUACAUCCAAAUUUCAGGUAAUACGGUGAAAUGCAUUCAGUGUCCUGUUCUCCAUAAAGAUCCAUAGAAUUGUUAAAGACUUGAUUAUGCUGGGCUGAAAGUAUUUUUUUUUAAUGAAGAAGCUCUGGGGUGGAGAAAGCAGUAUCCCGUGAUUAAGCAGAAGUUACUUGAUUUCCAGCCAACCUAACACUUAUGUCUGCAUCCUUUCGUUUGAAAAGGAGCCCAUGAAUUUAACAGUGGAUUUUCAGGAAAAAAAAGACCUUUGCAAAGGCUUCAUAUUAGUUCCUGAUAUAAAGUUGUUUGGAAAGGAGGACAAAAAAAAAAAAGGGAAAUAAUUGUUCACUGUACUACCAAGAGGCAAGUAGAGGAGUGAGUUGCACACUUGAAAAAAGUCACCAUUCUCAGUUUCCACUAAGCAGGGAAACAGGAAAAAAAUAAAUCAUGAAAAUAUUGGAGUUAGGGAAAAGACUGCUUUUCCCUUUCUGAGUAUUUAUACAGGGUGAUGAUGCUAUUAAAACAUAGCAAUCCGUUUGUUUUUUUUUUUCUAGAAGGAGUUAAUGAACUUGUAUAGUUUCUGUGCAAGGGAAGACGACAAGACAUCUCAGGGUUGCUGUGUAAAAAUAAAAGCUAGGCUUAAUACCCUACCCUGAUAGAAA